AUGCCCUCUCUUCUCUCCUCCGCUCUCGCGCAGACCGCGCGCAACCAGCAUCUGCUGCUCCUGCAAUCGUCCACCGCGCAAACAUGCCUUCCAAUCCUCCGCGCCGCCGUGAAACAGACAAUCGAGAGGGCGCGCGAGACGACCAUCCUCUUCUGCUUCCUCUACCGUCCGUCUAGUCUCAUUGGCACAAUGCGCGUGCAGCCCGAUCGCGUGCAGGUCGUGGAUAAGACAGCUAGCGUACCGGGGUACGACGAUGCACACUACGAACCUCGCAAAUGCCCACAGUCCCUUCCUGCAGCCCCCCCAGGACCCUUAAAUGCCGUGCUCGACUCCGUCGACACCCUUCUGUCCGACAUCGGCUCGCUCUCAGAGACGACGCAGCUAUUGUCCGAGGCACUCGCCCUAGUCCGCGCCCGCGGAGGCACCUCGCGCCUGAUCCUGCACGUCCUCGCUCCCAGCCCCCUCAUCCCCAUCCUGACCGAAACCCGCUUCUCCUCCUCCCUCACGCACCUCAUCGCGCACCCUUGCGCGCUCCUCACACACGUCGCCGCCGCGUACCUCACCCCGCCCCCGCCCCUCUCCCCCGAGGAGAAGUUCUGGGGCGUGUUCAUCCCCAUCGCAGAGCGGCAUUACGAGUCGGAGAAGCUCGUUUUCGGCCCCGGGAGCGAAGGCAGCGGCUCGCCCCAGGAGUUCGUCGUCGAGGUCCUCCUGAGGGGCGGCGCGGACGCUACGGGGCGGCGGAGAGGCGCAGAACGCGUGCUCGAGGGCUGGUCGGCUGCUGUCUACGGCCCGUGUGAGCUCCACCAACUCGAGAGCCUGAAAACACUGUGGUCCAGGAAGAUUGUAAUCGAGGCGCAGCGUGCACCAGACCCUACUCAGAAUCUCUCAUUCAAUGUCAACCUCACACCUGAGCAGCAGCGCUCAAGAGCGCAGGUGCCGUUACCGUACGCGCAUGCAGGAAAACAAAUCCAGCCUCAAACCCCAGGAGCGAUCCUAUAUGACCCUGACUCCGCAGACGAUUUAGACGAUGAUGAUCCAGACGAGGAUCUAGAUAUAUAGCCUUGCUGGGGCCUCGCUGUACGUGCAUCCGGAGUCAAUGCAAUUACAUGUAUUCCCAGGUCGCUCCCAAGCCGAUAUUCAAAACCAUUGCGACUAACACAAAUGAUGAGAGCGAUACAACAUUACUGUACAACCACAACGGUGGCGAGAGACAUCAUACACAUACACGACAUACUACUCAGCGGUCCCCCGAUUACCCUAUCCAUACAUUAUCACACCUUGGAUCCCACCAUGGUCGUUAAAGAGGCUCCUCUCUCACCCUCCGAGCGAUCUCGUCGAACUCGAAGCCCAACGCGCGCAUAAAGCUCAGUUCCUCCUCCUGAUCUAGUCUUCCCAGGUCGUCUUCAUCACCAUCGACGUCCGAGCACGACAAGUCGAAGGAGAGACUCAGGCUAGGACUGAAUCGCAGCGUCUUCGUGACAGGUGUGCUUGUACUUUCGCCGACUAGGUGGCCCACCGCGCCUCUCGUAUACCCGGGUCCCGAUGGUCGGCGACUUCGGUAAGGCGUAUAAGACUCGGAAGACAGCUCGCUGUUCUGAUGGUAAUAUUCGCGCUCAGUGCUCGACCCGAAGCUGAACGUUCCGCUCGAGUGGUCGGGCGUGCGCGCGAAGCUCAUGCUGUCCAAGUCUGAUUCCGACAUAGAUGCAGACGGCCGAUGCAAGCGACGCGCGCAGUGCUCGUCUUCGCUCAGCUCUUCCUUGGCAUCGUAGUACGUUGAUUCUCCUGUAGAGCUGAUCACUGACGGUACCUGACUCGACCUGUGUAUGUGGGCUACGUCGAGUAGCGGGGGUCGGCUGCCCAAGUCAAGCUCGGGUCGAGGCGACACCAUAUCGAAUUGUACGUUCGCGUGGGUGACCGUGGUGACAGUGUCUCUGGGUGGUCCGCGGGGGCUCAAUCCUUUGGUCUUCUUGAGACUUGUCGGACUGGAGAGUUCUGAGAUGUGCCCGGCUGUAGUGAGGUGCCGCGUAGACCGCUUGGCCAUGAUAGAAGACAGGGAAAAUCGGCGAGAGCGUUUGUCCUUCGCAGUAGAUGAUUCCCUGUCGGGCGAAGACAGAGCCUGAGGUGGAGCGGUACGGGUUCUCGAUCGUACUGGGGAUGCCUGCCCCGCAGAACCAGCUACCGGGGAGCUGCUGGCGCCUACAGUGAUGGGUAGCUCGCCUCCCCAGAAGCGGUCUUGUCGUGGAGAUGACGAGGACUUCCGUGGAGUCGAGAGCUCCCCCGCAUCCGGGGUAGACGCUUGUGCGGACGUAGUCUCUCGGAGUGGAAGCGAUGGAAGUGGCGGGCGAGGUAUCACUGUUGUUCGCAACGAGUCCAUCCUGGACUUGCUCAGAGCUGACGACAAUGAGAACCUUCGUGCUUUGUUCGAGGUCCCACUCCCCGGCUUGCCUUCGCUUCCUACAGGCAAUACAGGCUGUAACAAAGUUUGGGUGCGUUCAGGCCGCCCCUUGGGAGUUCGCGGCGAGUGAGGGGAAACUGUGUCUUCAGGAGAGGCGCUCCCACAGUGAUCAUCCCCAUCGAGAGCGCUUGGCUGGCGGGUUGAGGAAGUCGAUGUCCGUAGAGUGCUGUCAUGUUCGAGAGCAGCACGCUUGGAUAUGCUGGUGUGAACGCGAUUGAUACUUGUCGGGAGCAGUGCUGGGAGCGGAAGGGAACGACGAUGGUUCCGUAACUUCUUGGUCCGUGGGCUGGGCGACGGUAUGGGAUGCUCCGACUCGUACUCGACGUUUGUGAUCGCAGUAGUCGUAGUCAUCAACCCAUACUCAGGAGUAUCUCUGCUAUGAAGAGUCUUCGACGGUACCUCUGCCCUGCCUUUGAAGAGAUCACGGAGCCGCUCGCCUAAUUUCCGCACCUUGCCCAUGACAGGUCGUUUCGUCACCUUCCGUUUCAGAGGUCCAUUACCGUCGCCGACAGCAACGCGACUGCUAACAGUGGGAACUGGCUGAGGGCGAGGGGUCUGGUGAACGGUGGGUUGAGGUGCAGAAAGACGACGGGCAAUGACACGCUCCGUAUGCUCCGAUGCGACAUCGGCACGAUCCUCUUCGAGUUGUUCUUCACGUACAAGAUGACCAGCGGAGGCCUCAGUGGUCCCAGAGGGAUGCCUGUAUGCGCCCAAAUCAGGCCUGUGCGUUCCUUCGGGACUCUCCAUCGGCGUAGAUGGCUGUGAGCCUGACUGCACGGACGGCGGGAUAGAGAAUGAGGAGCGCGAAGCCGAAGACGCCACAGCAGCGGCCAAUGCGAAGGCAUCCAUCUCGGACGCUGGAAUGGACAAGUGAGCGAGGACCGCCCCAUGCGAGUCAGCAGCAUGUGCGUCACUACCAGAGGGAAGGACAGGCGAAUCCGCCUCCGAAAGAUGCGAAACUGUGGACACAGAAGACGUCGGGGGAAGGGAAGAGCUGCGUGUGACUUUGACUACUGGAAGGAAUUCAACGGGAAUGUCAGGGGAUUGAGAGAUGGAGGGCGUAGAUUCCCAGCCUGUAGGUGUGAUUGCCAGUGAAGCAGGGGUCAAACAUGCUUCCAACUGAGGA